GGACGGCCACGGCGCCCGAGACGUCCUGCAGACACGCUGGCUAUCAGAGAUGCCCGCUUUGUCCUCAUCUGGAUGUGUUUUCACCUUGCCUUCGUCUUGCCCUGCCUCCUUCUCCCUCUCCUGCCGCGUGCCGCAGACAGCGUCCUCCCCCCCCCCGCCCCUGGGGUGCGUGAUGGGCGAUCGGGGUCACGAUGGCGCUCGGCGGCUGGGAGGGGCGCAGACGUUCGCGUCCACGGCGACCCCCUCACAGCCGUCCGUCGUCCCUCCGCACCUGGCAGUCGUGGAGUACGAGAAGACGCUGCAAGGGCUAGACCCCACGGCGCCGCCAGAGAAGCAGGCCAAGGUGGCUCUGGACGCCGCCAUUGCGAGCGGCGACGUUGAGCAGCUCCGGGCGGUGCUGGACCAGAUCCGGCUCCACAUACCGCAGGAGGUGGCCACCCUCAUGAUGCACGCGCUGAGAACCACCGCUGUUCAGGACAACCUGGUGGCGAUGCAGUUUCUGCUGGCGCAGAUCACGGGCUGCCCCCCGCAGCAGGUAUUCGAGCUGCUCAAGUACGCGUUGGAUGGCGCCGCGGCGCGCGAGAGCCCAGGGGCUAUGGACCUGGAGGGCUCCUCCGCGCGGGGCCACGGCAUGAUGGACUUCCUGCUGGGUGCGGCGCAGAAGGUGUUCCAGGGCGCGUUCCCGGAGCAGUUCCUGCAGCUGGUGCAGCACGCCGUGGGCGCGGCCGCGCGCCGGGGGAACUCCGGAACCUCGCGCUGCUGAAGUUCCUGAUGGACCACACGGCCGCGGCCUCACUGCCGAUCGACUACGACGGCGUGUUCGCCGCCGCAACGUCUUCCGGCCAGGCGGAGGGCCUGCUGCAGGAGAGGCCAUCAAGGGUGGCGCGGACUACGAGAAUGUCAUCCUCAUGCUCCUACAGUCCAUCAAGAACCUUCCGCACAACGGCGAAUCUGGCGUUGGCAGCCGGCAGUCUCUGAAGAACACUGCCAAGGUGCAGCUCGUGAGGAGCUACAAGCAGAGGGACCCCGCCCUCUUUGCCAAGCUCAUGGCCGCUGUCAAAACGUUCUUUCCCGAGGACCUCUCGCAGGCCUCCCCUGGCGGCUUCGACGGCGACGUCAGCAUGUGACGAGCAGGCGCCAGGCGCGGGGGGGAGGCGGGGAUCGGUGUAUGUGGAUCGCUGGCGUCCCCCAAGGGGAGGGGGCGGGGCUGCGGGACUGACAGUCAUAGGCUUUGACGUGAGAGUGCACGGAAUACAGAGCCCGCGACCUUGCGUCUAUAGACACAGACACAGAGUGGCUCACAGCGGAA